AAAACCAUUCAAAAUGGCCGCUCGGUUAUUCUUAACACUUUCCUUCGUUCUUUAUCUUUCUCCAUUCGUGAUUGGUUACUCUGUCAAUGAUAUCAAAACAUGGUGCAGCCAAACCCCACAUCCAAAACCAUGCGAGGAUCUUCUGAGCCAUAACAAAAAUCAAAUCCCCAUUAAACAAAAAUCCCAGUUCUUCCAGAUAUCUACCCAGCUAGCCCUAGACCGAGCCAUGCAUGCUUAUACCAACUUUCUUUCGCUCAGCUCAAAGUUCGCAAAUCCACGUGCAAAAGCUGCAUGGGACGAUUGUCUUGUGCUCUAUGACCACACAAUCCGCAGGCUCAAUAAAACCAUAAACCCUAGCACCAAGUGCACCCAGGAGGAUACUCAGACUUGGCUCAGCACGGCUCUCACAAACCUUGAGACAUGCCGUGAAGGGUUUUCCGAGCUCGGGGUGUCGGAUUUAUUUAUCCCCGUGAUGUCGAAUAACGUUUCUAACUUGAUCAGAAACACUCUUUCCAUCAACAAAGUACCUUACAACCCUCAACCGGCGUACAAAGACGGAUUUCCGACUUGGGUUAACGCAGGUAACCGGAAGCUCUUGCAGUCAACUUCUCCGAAAGCGAAUCUUUUGGUGGCUAAAGACGGGUCAGGGAAUUACAAGACGGUGAACGAGGCAAUUUCUGCCGCGUCUAAACGAUCAGGCACCGCAAGGUAUGUGAUAUACGUUAAGGCAGGAACAUACAAGGAGAACGUUAAGAUAAAGUCCAAGAAUAUUAUGUUGAUGGGAGACGGCAUAGGGAAGACUAUUAUUACAGGAAGCAAAAGUGUUGGAGGAGGUUCUACAACCUUCAAUUCUGCUACCGUCGCUGUAACUGGAGACGGGUUUAUUGCUCGUGACAUUACAUUCCAGAACACUGCCGGUGUAUCAAGCAAUCAAGCUGUGGCACUUCGGUCCGGUUCAGAUCUUUCAGUGUUCUACAAGUGCAGCUUUGAGGGGUACCAAGACACCCUGUAUGUCCACUCCGACAGGCAAUUCUACAGAGAGUGUAAUAUUUACGGAACCGUGGACUUCAUUUUUGGCAAUGCAGCCGUGGUUAUACAAAAUUGUAACAUUUAUGUACACAACCACAAAACCAACACCGUUACUGCUCAAGGUCGGACCGAUCCUAACCAGAACACUGGGAUUUCCAUUCACAACUCUAAGGUUACGGCUGCUUCGGAUUUAGACAAAAGUUCAACCAAAACGUACCUAGGAAGACCAUGGAAGGAGUAUUCUCGAACAGUUUUUAUGAAGACGUACCUUGACAGCUUGAUUAACUCAGCUGGUUGGUUGGAAUGGAGUGGUACUUUUGCCCUAAAAACUCUGUACUAUGGUGAGUAUAUGAAUACGGGCCCUGGCUCAUCCACUUCAGGCAGGGUUAAGUGGGAAGGUUACCAUGUCAUAACAAGUUCUUCGGAGGCUUCCAAGUUCACUGUGGGUAGCUUCAUUGCUGGGAGUUCGUGGUUGCCAGACACCAACGUGCCUUUUACCGCUGGUUUAUAGUUUCUUGUGCCUGCAGAUCAAAAAAAAAUCCUGGAAAAAGAAUCUGGGCAUUC